GAUAAAAGAUCAAGGACUGAAUAGUCAUUCUCUAUUUGCGAAAGUGGAUACAACGGGAAACCACAAUAGCCUGAGUCUGUUAGGGAAGAUGACCCCAGCGAGGAAGCGGAACUGUUACCUUCGCUGAGAUGCGGCGCCUCUUCACAAUAGCAACGAUAACAGUACUACUGUCGCUCUGGCCAAGAGCAUCCCUCAAUGGACGCAACAGUAUCGUUGGCGCCGUUUACGAGUACGAAGACCGAGAAGUUCACAGUUACUUCUACAAAUCUAUCGAUCCGGAAGAUUUUCUUCUUGGAGUUAUCGUGCCGGUGCACUCCCAACCUAACCUAACUGAGGUGAACCCGUUGAGGUGCGGCGACGUCUUGGAACAGGAGGGUAUCCAGAGGGUGGAAAUGGCCUUGCGAACAGUAGCAGAGAUCAACGAACGCCGCGAUCUUCUACCCAAUACGACCUUAGGCAUACAUGUCCGGGAUUCAUGCAACUAUCCUCCGAUAGCCCUAGAGCAAACAAUUAAUUACAUUCGGGCUUCCGUCUGGCAUGACAGCGAUUACCAAGAGACACCGUAUCCGUGGAGUCAGUCUCACUCAAUUGAAACAUACAGCCUAAAGAAAUGCACAGUACCAGAAAAACGAAGAAAUCUUGUUGCCGUUGUUGGACCAGCAACUUGCACCGGUAUCAUUCAGGUGAAAAACCUUCUACAACUAUUCGGCAUCCCUCAGAUAGGUUACUCAGCAACGGCAGCUAUUCCCGCCGAAUACUCCAAGUACUUCCUGUCAGUGAUUCCAAAUGACACCGAUCAGAAUCGGGCUAUGCUUGACAUACUCGUACGCUUCAACUGGACAUACGUCUACACGAUCCAUUCGAGCGAUGAUGAUUACGGGCCUAUGGCGAUGCACGACUUCAAAAUCAAGGCGUACACGCGAGGGAUCUGCGUGGCGAAAAGUUCCACGCUUUCGCCAACGUCACAGACGAGUGAUUACGAGGCAGCCGUACGUAAGAUGAUGAAUACACCCGUAAGGUCCACUGGUGCUCGGGUUAUCGUUGCCUACCUCGAAAAGAAGAUACUUAUGCGUUUCCUGCACACCCUUAAGCACCUAAACGCCACCCACAGGUUCCUGAUCCUUGCCAGCGACACCUGGGGGACGGAUCCAGAGGUUGUUCGGGCACUUGAGGAUGUCGCCGAAGGCUGCAUGACGCUAAGCUUCCCGAAGCCAUCGGGCACCGCUUUUCGGGAGUACUUCACAGCUCUGAGGCCAGAAACCAAUUCCUACAACCCUUGGUUCAGGGAAUUCUGGGAAGAUCGAUUUAAGUGUACAUUGCCAAGAAGAGAAGACUCAUUAAAAAUACUAAAAUAUCACCGAUGGUGUACAGGUAAUGAAACGUUGAACGAUGGCUCUUUUCGCGAGGAUCCAAAAAUUGACUAUCUUCGAAGGUCGAUAUACCUCGUUGCCCACGGGCUUCAUCGAAUGAUUGAGGAUCACUGCGGCAGCGUUCACUACGGCGCGACACACGACGAAGCAGUCGACGGUGAGCCAGGACCGGAUCGUAAUUCGACUCGAAAAGAUUGCGUUUCAAAGAUGCACGUUAACGCUACAGCUUUUGUAGCUUAUCUUAAUCGAACGAGCUUCGUUUGGCCGCCGGAUGCGCCGAAUUCUUCAGAAACGAUAGAAGUCAAUCCGCCAGGCGUCUACAAUAUCUACAACUUUCGAAAGGUAAAAGAACGGUCGUAUGACUAUGUGCAAAUCGGCACAUGGAAACGUGUCGACGGCUUACAGCUUUGGGAGGACCCGGUCUUUAAAGGUGGUUCCAGAAUACUACCAGAGUCGAUCUGCAGCAAACCUUGUGAAAAAGGACAGAUUAAGAAUGUUUGGUGGCCUGGCAAUUGCUGUUGGAAAUGCUUAUCUUGCAAUCAGACCCAAUUUAUCCAGGAUGAGUACAACUGUGGUAAUUGCGGACAGGGAUUUCUACCUAACGCCAAUCUCACCGGAUGCUAUGCCAUUCCCGAGGAAUACAUAAAAUGGAAAGAUUCAGCGGCAUUACUCGUUAUCGCGGUAGCAUCCGUAGGCGUCGCAACAACGUGUUUGGUAACGCUGAUAUUCGUCCAGCAUAAUCUGACACCAGUUGUCAAGUCAUCGACGCGGGAACUUUCGUACAUCAUUCUAGUUGGCAUGGCUAUGUCCCAUGGGACAUCCCUUGCUUUUUUAUUUAAGCCCUCAGACUAUUCGUGCUUCGCGGUUCGCGUUCUGCCUCCGUUUAGUCUAACAAUGAUGUAUGCUCCGCUGCUCGUGAAAACGGUCCGCAUUGCCCGAAUCCUUGGCAAUAUCCGUUCGCUUGCGAUAACCCCACCGAAACGAUUUCUCUCAAGCACUUCACAAGUUGUCAUCACAUGCAUACUCAUCUUUAUACAGGUGGUUAUCCUGACAUGCACCCAAUUAAUUUUGCCGUCGGGCUGGGAACAUGAGUAUCCAGCGUAUGAUCGCGUUACGCUCCAAUGUCGUAUGCCGCACCCGUCAAUAAUGUUGCCUUUAGCGUUCAACUUUCUGCUCAUCAUCCUUUGCACCGCGUACGCCGUCAAGACCCGCAACGUGCCGGAAAACUUCAACGAGGCCAAGCUCAUUGGUUUCACCAUGUACGCAACUGUAGUGAUCUGGAUCUCAUUCCUGGCCAUAUACUUUGGCUCACCGUAUAAAUCGGUGGCAUUUGCGCUCUCGUUAAGUUCUACUGCCCAUGUCGCACUUUCACUCAUGUUUUUUCACAAGGUGUACAUUAUUGUGUUCCACCCUGAGAAGAACCAGCCGUCGGUGUUCCGCCAGUUAACAGAUAAUAUGCGAAUGCACAUUGGGGCCCAGGAUAGUUCCAGCUUCAAAUCGUCUAUAUAUAACACCACGGGUGACUCACCAUCGCCAAUAGGCAAAGGAACCUUCAAACUUCGUCCGGAAAAGAAGCGCUACUCACAUAGUUCUUCGACGAAGAAAAAAGCGAGCGAAAAGCGCGCUGAACAAAUGCGCAAGGCCACGGCGAUGAAAAUCGCCCAGGACCUCGACAGGAGGUUGUCUCGGACCUCAACGUCGGACCCCGCGUUUAGCCUCAACAGAUUCAUCGAUAACGUGAAUAAAGCAGGCGGUGUCCACGGACCGGUUAUGGUUGGCCACAACGUAAAUCAUAGCAAUAACAUAAGCAAUGCCCACCUCUCAGUGGCACUUGCGCCACAACACAGUCCGCACUUGCCCCCACUGUCGCCGCUUCCGCAGGCCCUUACCCAUGUCGUAGUGAGCCCGCAGAGCUCUGCCGAACAGGACGGCUUAUACGCUAACUCAAUGUCAAGGUUCAAUCAAUUCGAUUCGGACAACAACUCGGCAACAAACUCUGAGAACCUGGACACGCUUGAUACUCGCAAGCAAUCACAGAAUAGCGAUAACACCUAUGAGAGUGUCGUACCUGUGAAACGAAAAAUGUCUCGAGGGUAUUCGGGUUUGCCUAGGUAUUUGCCUCAAACACCAACGGCGGAUCGUCCGAGUGGCCGAUCAGAUUUUAACAUAGCGGCUACAGCUUCGAAAGGAUAUCGCUUAUCUAUUGACCAGAGCCAGGCCACGUCUUCUGGCCGAUUCAAAGUGCUUUCCGAGCACGACGACGAAAUCUCCGAACCUGAACAGACCGUUAGUGAAGGCCAUGAAAAGAAGUCUAAACAUAAGGAAAAAUCUAUAAAGGACAAAGAAAAUCCAAUGCAGUCGGUAUCCUUACAGCAGCAACAAUCACAACAGCAGUCACAGCCACAACAACAACAGCAGCCGCAACAGCAAGCACAGAAUCAAUCGCAGUCUCAGAAUAGGUUCAAACAUGAUGCCCUAGAAUUGCGACGUUUUCACGAACCAUUCCGCUAUGAUUGGUACUAUAAGCAGCCGUACGCAACACGGGUGCCAUACCGGCCCGCGAUCACUUAUCCAAAGGAACUGAAGGAUCUCAGCACAGGUCUAUGCUCCGGCUCUUUGUCGGGAGCUGGUAAUGGAAGUCAGAGCAAGGAGAGCCUUUCGCUUGUCCGUCGGUCACCAGGCCCCAAACGAUCGUUGGAUCAUACACGGGAUACUCGUGAAACGGAAAAAGGCCGUGAUCGAUUAUUCGUGCACCGACUUUCCCUUGAUCAAGGCAUUGGGUUGAGAAAUGCCGGAGAUCAAGCUCUUCGCGAUACCGCGUCGUCGUUUCUCUCCGAUGGCCGCAAGAGCGGUAAUAGCACCCCUAAACGAAAAGUGUCCUGUGAACGAUGCACACCGGACGGCAGCCCAGAAAGCGAGCGGUUGGAAACUGGCCUGAAAACAGGUGGCCUAAAAACCGGGCUUGGCUUAAGCGAUAACAUGAUGCUCAUUGACGACUCGUCAGUGGAGGACCUUACGAACAAGGCUGAUUAGUUCAAAUUUGUUGUUUUCAUAAUCAUCAGCUUUAGUUCUCCUUCUUGUAGUGUUCUUAGAGUAAUUUAGUUAUUAUACAUCUGUCAGCCACAUAUAAAUGUGCAAAAUGGACUCUCAUACAGACUCGUCUCACAAAUAGGGAAUUUAAAAAAUAUAUAUUUUGCAUGUUUCUAUAAAUCAAUUGUUUGACAGACCUCUCUAGGCAUAAAAUUUUUAACUGAGGUUUGAUAGGCGACUUUCAGGACACGUUUGGCCGUACGCAUGCUCAUGGACGUUAGUCACACUGUUGACACUACAAUCAGUUCGUAUACAGAUUUCGUACCUGGCUAGCUCCAGCAGUAGCUACCAUUCUUUAAUGGGAAUUACACUUUCGAAGUAAAUUUUAUCAUGCAUAACGAAUGAUGAGAGUCUGCUUGUUGAAAAAGAAUGCGACAUUUAUGCUCUUGCAUAACUUACGAGCGCUUACAGAAGUUACGCACGAAGAGCCAUUUCAAUUCAAAGCUCACAUGUGUUAUAUCAAUCUAUAACAUGUGAGAGUUUUAUUAAGCUGUUAGGGUAAUUAGGCCGAUAGAACUGUGAGCGCCUCAGUAAUCACCCGAUGAUCGUGUUUUUAGUGCUUUAAAAAUGAUCGGUUCGGGACUGCUAAAGUACUGCCUCGAUAACUGCUACCACUUUGUGCGUCCCGGUACGUGAGAAAUAUAAUACAAGGAUUCGUUAUAUAUAUAAUAUAAUACAAGAAGUUUGUAAUAAUAACGGUAAUUGUGACGUGAAUCUAUUUUUGCUAUUAUGUGAUACAUUACUGAGUGGUUGCUAAUAUUUAUCUGGCAUCUUUCUUUCAUUUUUGUUUGUAUUUCCACGCAGUUUCUAAAUUAAACUUCAAGGCCAACGGAUAAGGAGACCCCUCACCAUUUUUGCUCCUAUAGUCAUUGCAAUGGUCGGUGGCAGCUUUCGUUAAAGAGCGAUCAUAUAUAUAUAUAUAUAUAUAUACAAUGUAUAAUUCUCGAGACAGUCCACAACUCUAUAUGGCACCUUUGUUAAAAAAAAAUUUGAAACAGCUCAGUUAAACAAAGUUUUUGGAUAAAAUUAUAAAAAAGUUAACAUAAGAUCUCCCGAAAGUAACAGAAAUCCUAUUUAACGAUUUGACAAAGAAUUGUAUCACAAACAUUGACACUUGCCGUUCUCUACGCUGAUUCUAGAUCUGCAAAUAGAUAGUCAUAAGGGGUGUAUUAUAAAACACGUACCGGGAUUUCGUUGAUUCGUCGUGGUAACAAAUUGAACCCUUUACGCUACAGCUAAACUCAACGCGCAAGCGCGCGGUUCACCCUGAAGGACCUUAAGUGACCUAAAGCAGUUCGUUAAUUGUGUGACGCGCUCAUAUCAACGUGAUCAUUCACAAAAAUCGUGAAUGACAAAUGGUCACUGUUUGAGUAUCGGUGUAGCACUUACAUAAUUGAUGAUAAUAAUGAGAAGGACACAGAUUGAGGCAUGAAAAAUUCAACAUGUGAUUUCUUGAUAGUAGCUCCAGCUGUUGAUCCAUUAAAGGUAGGUCGGUAUGUAAUAAUAUCAGAGAUGCCGAAAUACGGUCGUUGUGCUUGAAUGGCGUGCUACAAACUCUGUCGAACUAGCGUAAUGAAAAGAUAAUAUAACUAUGGAAAAUAGCCUUGAUAGAAUGAUUUAACUGCUUCUGGGGCCAAACCAAGACCAAUAGUGCCGUAUCAAAGCUACCUAACAUGGUAGUUACUAAUGUAUUAAAAUCAAUAUAAAUACUCGUUGUUAACUAGAACAAAGUGGUGUUUUAACUUUGAACAUUACGCAACCGUGAUUAACACCCAAGGUCAGAAUACAAAGGUGAGCGAAAUGCUUUCUGAAUGAAAGAAGUUAAAGGAUGGAUGUAAAUGGCACCUGUUUCCUGGUUCUGCGCGUAAACAUAUAAGUUCAAUAGGUCCCACGUGAAGUGGUAUGGUUUAAUAAAAGUCCUAAAAAAGUUUUUUCGGAUUAAAAUGCUAUACGAAAUUCAUAUUUUCAGGACAUCCGAGCAAAUAGAAAAUAUAUGAAUGAUCGCGGUCUUACGAGAUUCGA